AAGCGUUUAUUUUCAAGAACUGGCCAGUCGUCAAUUUGGAUGGUCCAAUGACUGCAAGAAUUACAAUCUACUCACCAUCUCUCUUGGCAAUGGGAAUGAAGGAUGUGCUGCGUGCAAACUGUUUGCUAAAAUUGUUCGUAAAAGCACUAAGCGGUGUCUGGGCAGUAUUUUGGGGUCUAGACAUAGUGCGUAGGUGAAAUCUGGCUGACCCAAAUGCGUUGAUGUAAUAUUCAUAGUGAAUAUAAUAUUCACUGCCUUUUACCAAACUUGCAUUGAAUAAUGUUUGGAGGGAAAGGUGCAAACUUGUCACUUCCAAAAGUUGGUGAAGUUGCAAUGAAUUUUGCAUCAAAACCUCCACAGAGACCCGAAGGAAAGUUCAUAUCAUUAUUGCGAAUGUGUAAUACUCCAAGCAACCUCAAACACAUCCAAACACAGAUCACAGUGCACGGUCUUGGUCGUGAUGAGGACACGAUACCUGUUUUUCUGCUAAAAUGUUUUGAUUUGAAUCAAAUUUCUACUGCUCGCCAGCUAUUUGAUCACAUUAGCUACCCAAGUUAUUCCUUGUGGAAUGCCAUGUUCAAAGGGUACCUCCAAAAAAACCACUACAGAGAGGUCCUUGUGCUUUUUCAUCGUAUGUGGAGCACAGGUGACAAGCCGAGCUGCUAUACAUUUUCCAUAAUUUUGAAAUCUUGCGGGAAACUAUCUGCUCUGAUAGAAGGUGAAGAAGUGCAUUGUGUUGUUUUUAAGACUGGGCUUAGGUCUAACACAUUUGUGGGUACUACCUUGAUCGAUUUGUAUUCAAGAACAGGGAAAAUCAAGUGUGCUCACACAGUGUUUUGCGAAAUGGUUUUGAAAAAUGUAGUUACAUGGACUUCUAUGAUCAAUGGGUUUGUCGAGAAUGAUGAUUUGGCCACUGCUAGGAGGCUUUUUGACUUGGCACCUGAGCGAGAUGUCGUGUUGUGGAAUACCAUGAUUGUAGCAUAUAUUGCAUCCAGGGAUAUGAAAGAGGCUCGAAAACUUUUCAAUGCCAUGCCAAAUAAGGAUUUGAUGUCUCAUAAUACCUUGUUGAAUGGGUAUGCAAAAUCUGGGAAUGUUGAUGAGUGUGAGAAGCUGUUUGGAGCUAUGCAGGAAAGAAACAUAUUUUCUUGGAACGGUUUGAUUGGAGGGUAUGCUCAUAAGGGACACUUUGUUGAAGUUCUCAGUGUUUUUAAAAGGAUGUUAACCGAGUCGGAUGUGCAGCCUAAUGAUGCCACUCUUGUCAAUGUGCUGUCUGCAUGUGCUCGAUUGGGAGCUCUUGAUAUGGGCAAAUGGGUACACACAUAUGCAAAGAACAUCGGUUAUUUAGGUAAUAUAUAUGUAGGGAAUGGUUUGGUUGAUAUGUACGCAAAGUGUGGGGCAAUUGAAAAUGCACUUGAUGUCUUUAGGAGCAUGGCUGAUAAAGACUUGAUAUCUUGGAACACAAUAAUCAAUGGUGUGGCGGUUCACGGUCAAGCAGUUGACGCCUUGAAUUUGUUCAGUCAGAUGAGAGAAGCUGGUGUUCGACCGGAUGGAAUAACUUUCAUAGGUGUAUUAUGCGCUUGCUCUCACAUGGGUCUAGUCCCAGAGGCAUUUGAGUAUUUCCAAUCUAUGACUCGCGAGUAUUCCAUUGUGCCUCAAAUUGAACACUAUGGUUGUAUGGUUGAUCUUUUGGGCCGGGCAGGACAUUUCAAGCAAGCUGUGGAGUUUGUGCAAAAGAUGCCUGUGCCACCAGAUAAUGUUAUUUGGACCGCAUUGCUCGGGGCUUGUAGGAUUCACAAGAAGAUCGAUGUUGCUGUGCUGGCACUUGAGAAACUGAUUGAGCUUGACCCAAACAACCCCGCAAACCAUGUAAUGCUGUCUAAUAUUUAUGGGGAUGCCCGUAGAUGGAACGACGUGGCAAAGCAGAAAGUUGCAAUGAGGGAUACUGGUUUCAAAAAGGUUCCCGGGUAUAGCUCUAUUGAAAUUGGCGAUGAAGUGGCUGAAUUCUAUUGCUUUGAUGAGAGGCAUCCCGAUGCGCGUGCAAUAUAUGAAGCUUUGAAGACAUUGAUGGAAAUAUCAAUGUCCCAUGAUAAUCUUUUCGACUUAUGGAAGCUGGUCAAUGGGCCUUGGUGAAGAUGAAUGUGCGGGUGGAUGCAAAAAAAACCAUGUGUUUUGGUUCAAAACAUAUCCAUCUUCUUUCAAGGUUAUAUAUAGUUUUUGGGGGUGUUUCUCUGAGCUGGAAUCCAUCUUGUUCUAUUUCAUAUGAUGCAGAGGCACUUCUAUAGUAUAAAGAGCUUAUAAGGUA